AUGGCACUGCUGAUGAAUUACUGGAUGUGUUUGGUAGCUCUAUCAUUGAGUGUGACCUCCAGUUGUGCCUUGAGAAGGGUCGCCCUGAAGAAGAUGCCAUCUAUCAGACAGACAUUGCGGGAGAUGGAUAUUUCUGCAGAGCAGGUGUUGACUGAGCUGGCCCAGAAGCGCACAGAUGACACCAGCAACGGGACUGUUCCCACACCUCUAACCAACUACUUGGAUACCCAGUACUUUGGGGAAAUCAGCAUUGGUUCUCCAGCCCAGAUGUUCAACGUGGUAUUUGACACAGGCUCAGCCAACCUGUGGGUGCCCUCACAAAGCUGCUCACCUUUCUCCACAGCCUGUUUUACUCACAACAGGUACGAUGCCUCCAAAUCCCGGACUUACGUUGAGAACGGAACCGGUUUUUCCAUCCAGUACGCCUCUGGAAAUGUCAGGGGAUUUUUGAGCGAGGAUGUGGUGGUGGUUGGUGGUAUCCCUGUGGUGCAGGUGUUUGCUGAAGCAACCUCUCUGUCUGCCAUGCCCUUCAUCUUUGCCAAGUUUGAUGGAGUCCUGGGCAUGGGUUACCCCAAUGUGGCCAUCGACGGCAUCACUCCCGUAUUUGAUCGCAUCAUGUCUCAGCAUGUCCUCAAGGAAGACGUGUUCUCUGUCUACUACAGCAGGGACCCAAAACACUCCCCAGGUGGAGAGCUGGUUCUUGGUGGCACAGACCCAAACUACUACACUGGAAACUUUAAUUAUAUGGACACCAGAGAGACAGGAAAAUGGGAAGUUACCAUGAAAGGAGUUUCUGUGGGGAUGGAGAUUAUGUUUUGUGUAGAGGGCUGCACAGCUGUGAUCGACACAGGCUCCUCUUACAUCACAGGACCGGCCUCCUCUGUGUCUGCGCUGAUGAAAACCAUCGGAGCACAGCAGGAUGAAAGUGGAUACAAAGUCAACUGUGACACUGUCAAGACAUUGCCCAGCGUCACUUUCCACCUGGGUGGCCAGGAGUACUCACUCACUCAGGAGGAUUAUAUCUUAUGGCAAUCACAGAUCGAAGGGGAGGUCUGCACCGUCACCUUCAGGGGCUUGGAUGUGCCGCCCCCUACAGGUCCCAUCUGGAUUUUGGGUGCCAACUUCAUUGCUCGCUACUACACAGAGUUUGACCGUCGCAAUAAUCGAAUAGGGUUUGCUACAGCAGUGUGA